AUGAUAAAUAUUCAAUUGAAAUGUUUAUCCAUUCAUAAUCUAACUGAAAUUACUUUUGAACCUGGAAUUGUAAUUAUAAUUCUACUUGGUGAUUAAAUACUCCUAUAAAAUCGUUUUCUUUAAUUAUUUUAGAAUUUAAAUAACUUAGAAGCUUAUAGCUAAAUCAUUUUUAAUUAAAUCUAAUUCUAUCGAUCAUUGUAUUCCAAAAAAUACAAACCAAAAAUCCAAUGA